UAAUGUCGCCGACUCAACUCCAUACUAUAUAAAUGGCAGAUUCCCCAGGUAAACACCCGAAGACAAGAAGGAACAAAAGAGAGAGCCAUGGCCAUGGGAGAGGAAUCCUCUUCUUCUUAUUCUUCAAAUAAUGCUUCUGCCAUAGACUCAUCCAACAUUGGUUUUCAGCUACUGAAGAAGCACGGUUGGAAAGAAGGUACCGGUCUUGGUGCUUCCGAGCAGGGUAGGUUGGAGCCUGUUCAAUCAUUUUUAAAGAACAAUAAACGUGGACUGGGAGCAGAUAAAGUAAAAAAGACAGCCAAGAAGCCUUAUGAUACUGCUGCGUCUAAUGAGAAAAAUGUCCUGGAUGAUUUGCCUUCGAAGAAAUGCAAGACACUCUCAAAAAGGAUAAGGAAGAUGCAGGAGCAAGAAAAAAGGUUGGAAGAGAAGGAAUUCGAGCGGGUGUUUUAUAGGGAGUUCUGGCCAGAUAAUGUUUGACCGAGGAAUUACGCCAUUUAGAGUUUGUACAGGAAUUUGUUUUCUUAGUCUUUCUGUAGUAGUAUAGUAGUUCAUUCCGAAGGAGAUGUACUGCAAAGAAUUCUAUUAGUUGCCAAUUAAUGUUUGCUUGAAUUCCUGAUAUCAAGUUGGUUGUACGAUUUUAACAUCAAAAUACCAGUAAUUACUAUUUCCUA